AUGCUUUUCCUCAACAUUUUCUCCGUGGCAUUUGCUGCGUCGGCCGUCCAAGCAUUACCCACGUUCGGCAAAUCCAGCGUUUUCGAGAAGAUCGCUGCUGCGCCUGCAGGAUGGGAGUUGGAUGAGAAUGCUGUAUUCGACAAAGAUGUCUCGAUGAUGAAGUUGAGAUUGCAUUUGGUAGCACAGAACAUGCCAAAAUUCCACAAGAUGGCCAUGGACAUUGCCACCCCUGGAAAUGCCCUAUAUGGACGUCACAUUGAUCAAUCGACGAUCAAUGCAAUGAUCGCACCAAAGACUCAAUCGCGUGACCUUGUUUUGCAGUGGCUGUCGACUGCAGGCUUGACAAACCAAACAACUGUCUCAGCACGAGGAGAUUCCGUCAUUGUGGAAGCAAGUAUCAGACAAGUCGAAGAGCUUCUCCAAGCGCAGUACGACGCUUACGUUCACACCGGAUUGUACCAAGGCGCUAUCCGAACUCUCGAAUACAGUCUUCCCGAUGCUUUGAAGGGUCAUGUUGAUAUUGUUCAACCAACAACCUUCUUCGGUCUUCGCGCGAUGCGAUCCAACAUCAAGCAGCACAAGGAAUUUGAUGAAAGUGUGCUCAAGGUCGACGGUACUGAAGCUGUCACAGGCUGCAGUGGUAGUACUAUUACCCCAAAAUGUCUUGCCAACCUUUACUCUUUCACAUCAGCCCCAGCUACAUUGACAAGUGGACUGAUGGGUAUCGCCGGCUUCUUGGAGCAAUGGCCAUCCAAGUCUGAUUUGACCACCUUCAUGAAUAACUAUGCAUACUUCGCCAAUAAGGCUUACACAUACACCUGCACUCUUAUCAAUGGAGGAACUUGCCCAUCAAGUGGAAAUGGCUACCCAGGUAUCGAAGCCAAUCUUGAUGUCCAAUAUGCCAGAGCCAUCACAUCAGAGAUUCCUAACAUCUACUACUCAGUUGGUGGAUCUCCUCCAAUUGUUGGCGGUGGUGAAAACCAGAACGAGCCCUACCUCGAAUUCCUCGACUCUCUCCUUACCGCCACAACACUUCCAAACACCAUUUCAAUCUCUUACGGUGAUGACGAAGCUACUGUUCCUUUGGACUACGCUGAUGAAGUCUGCAACUUGUUCUCCCAACUUGGUGCUCGUGGUGUAUCCAUCCUCGUCGCUUCCGGAGAUUCCGGUGUAGGUACUACUUGCACUACCACUGGAUCUACCAAAGGUUUCACAACCAGUUUCCCAGCAUCUUGCCCAUGGGUAACUGUUGUUGGCGGUACCACUGGUAACAGUCCUGAGGCAGCAUGGACUGAUGGUGGUGGUGGGUUCUCCUCUGUUUUCGGACAACCUUCCUACCAAUCUACAGCAGUCAACAACUGGUUGAAAACCGACACGACUCACUCCUCAGUAACAAAAUACUUCAACGCAUCCGGUCGUGCUUACCCAGAUGUCGCCGCUCAAGCUACUGAUUUCGUGAUCGUUGCCUCCGGAUAUGCCGAGCUCGUUGAUGGAACUUCCUGCGCAACCCCAACCUUCAGUUCCGUCAUCCAACUCAUCAACUCUAACCGUGUCGCCGCUGGCAAAGCUGGUCUCGGUUUCCUCAACCCAUGGCUAUACUCAACUGCCAAAUCCGCAUUGACAGAUAUUACCACCGGUAAGAUCACUGGAUGCAGCGGUGUUAUCUCCGGUGCUGGUUUCUCGGCCGUUAGUGGUUGGGAUCCUGCAACUGGUUUGGGAACGCCAAAUUACACCAAGUUGUUGGCGAUCAGUAACUCCACUUAA